CAGAAGGAGGCGGUAAUGCACCAAUAAGUUGGAUGCCAACCGCCGUUAAACUGAAAGGAAGAAGGAAAACGAGCAGCGCGGACACGUAAAAUACCUAAUGUUAUUUUAGUAAUUUUAAGAGAUUGAGUUUUAUAUAGUCUUUUUUAAUUUAUAAUCAAGAUCACUUCGGGUCUUAACAUGAUUCCUGUGUUAUCAAAAAGUUCAGUGAGCAUGAGGGACCCCAAGAGGGUGGAGCAGAUAUUAACAUCCAUGAGAAAUGCUGGACCUAGCACACUACAGGUAAUCUCAGAUUUUGAUAGGACUCUCACCAGGUUCGCCUACAAUGGCAAACGCUGUCCUACAUCCCAUAAUAUUCUGGACAACAGCAAACUGAUCAGUGAAGACUGCAAAGCCAAGCUGAAGAAUCUUCUGGACACUUACUACCCUAUAGAGAUCGAUUCCACACGCUCAGUAGAAGAGAAGUUGCCGCUCAUGGUUGAAUGGUGGACUAAAGCUCAUGAGCUUCUUGUGCAGCAGAAGAUCAUUAAGGAUCACUUGGCUCUAGUUGUGAGAGAGUCUGAAGCCAUGCUGAGGGAUGGCUACCAGCAGUUCUUUGAUCAUCUCCAUCAGUUGUCUGUUCCUCUGCUGAUCUUCUCUGCUGGAAUUGGGGAUGUGUUAGAGGAAGUGAUCAGACAAGCUGGUGUGUUCCAUCCUAAUGUUAAAGUCUUCUCCAAUUACAUGGACUUUGACGAGUCUGGUGUUUUGCAGGCAUUUAAAGGAGAGCUGAUUCACAUCUACAACAAACGGGAAGGAGCUCUGCUCAAUACCGAACACUUCAAGGAACUCCAGAGCCGCUGUAAUGUCCUCCUGCUCGGAGACUCUCUUGGGGAUCUCAACAUGGCUGAUGGAGUCAUGGACUUACAAAACAUCCUGAAGAUCGGAUACCUCAAUGAUAAGGUGGAUGAGAGGAGACAGUCAUACUUAAACUCCUAUGAUAUUAUUUUGGAGAAAGAUGAAACCAUGGAUGUUCCUAAUGCGAUCUUACGAUACAUUACAGGACAAUGAACUUAGACCUAAGAUCUCCAAGAUAAGGAUGGACUCAGUGAUUUUAUUUUCUGUGGGUUGGAAUGUUAUUCUGUUGUUUUUCUACCUUGACGACUACUACAUGUUCAUAUUGUACCAUUAUCUGGAUUGUCUAUAUUUUUCCAUCUGCGCACGGUUGAGAAGGACCUCAAAAACACCAACACCAAUUUAGAUAGCGUUGUUAAUCAGGGAUUAUGGUUCUACACAUCUUUCUCUCAUUGAAGUUUAAAAAAUAAAUACGGUUUUUAAUGGAGG